UAGCAACGACACGGCGUGCAUUCUAAUCAUUGUCACGCAGUCACAGUCGCCGCAUGCUCUGUUGCUCACACGCGCUGAAGACUGAAGUCGUCCCAUGGUCUACGGCUCUAGCUCUGUGCAUGCUAGUGACUGAGUCUUUAGGAUAGUAAUGAUUUGGCUGUACAACAUACAAUAAUACUACAGUUGCAGACCUUUCUCCUCUUUCCCUCCAUUGGAAUGAUCACUUCCAGCAAAGCUUCCAGGGUGGGUUACAUUUCUAAGGAGUAGAGUAUUCUCCAGAUUAGCUCCUCAAGUAAAUUGUUCAAAGUGGAUUGACACGGACUGGCAAGCAAGUAAAGGCUGAGCUAGCUGUGCACAUGGUGCAGGCCCUGUGUGACUCGGUGACAGAGUGCUGGCCCAGUGCGCGUGGAGCAGCCACGUAGUUACAGUGUAUUCAUCUUUCACUGCUCUGGCAGUGAUCAGGGUGAUCGACGGCCAAGAAGCAUAAAGGCUGCACGGCUCGAUGGUAACUGGCUAUGGCUCUGCAGCGCGACCUGAUUUAUAAUCGCUAGGUCCUCAAGACUGGGGUAGGUCGCCUGCGCUCGAUCUACCUCUAUCGUGUACAACUACAAGUGUAUCCAACCAAUACGCUUGCUACUUGCAGAAUUAUUUUGCUGCACUUUUGCAGCAGCAGCAUCUUCUGAUCAGCAAUGGCGGCAGUGCCUGACAGUUUACCAGUCGGCGACGAUGCAGCAGCCAGUUCUAAAGGCGAGCCGAUCACAUUGGAAACGGUGCUGAGAAAGCACAGGUUGGACGGACUGGCUGAACGUUUCUCCUCCGGCGCAGCAAAGUGCACACUGGACGACUUUCUGCAGAUGCAGCAGGCCGAGCUGCGCCAGUGGACGGAAGACCUAAAUGAAUUGGAUGAUUUGGUGCAAGCAUGGCGGUAUGCGUGCACGACGUGCUCCAAGCGCCUAGCACAACUUCAGCAGCAGCAGACAUCUCCGGGCGACAGCGAUGGUCGCAUUCUCACGGGUCGUGACCAGUGUGCCACUCCGCCGUCAGGUUCAGGAGACUUCAACUUCCAACGCAAGAGCUCGCUGAGCUUUCCGCGCUCCAUGAAGACUAGCGGUCGACGGGCGUUACGUGAGUUGGAACAGUCUGAACAACACGAUAGUGGCUGUGUAGCGGACACCGGUGAUGGAGGUCAUGACGAGCCGCCAUCCAACUUGCUCGCCACGCAGAAGCUGGGUAAUUCAGAGCCCAAUAUCCACUCGCCUGCUGAUACGUUAUCGCCACGGUUGGAUGGCUUGAGGGUACGACGGAAGCACAGUUUAAAACGACCGAAAAGUAUGUAUGUGUCGAGUGAAAGUGUUGAAAGAGGUCUCGCGAGUCCCGAUGGCCUAUCAGCGCCUCAGCUAUAUGCAGUGCCGCAGGCUGGUCGCUCAACGGCAAAGCGAGAUCGCCGUUGGUCAAUCACAUCCUCCAUGGCAUCAGGUUCAUCUGGGUAUAACACAAGUUCUUCGCCAGCAUGGUCAAUGUCAUCAUCUCAUGAAAAACUUCAUCAUCUACCCAGCCAGCCCACUCACGAUGACUUUCAAGGAUUUGCUGCAAAGCUCACGAUGAGUUCCGAUGACAGUCCCGAUGAGUUCAGGUUCCGCUCCAGGUCUCGCAGCCUCAGUCCAUCCAGAUACCCACAGCCAUGGCUGGACAUGCCCACUCUCAAUCGAUUCUUCCGAGAGAACUUCCCGAAGGCAAAGCUUCAGAUGGAGGAGAACCUGAAGGAGUACCUGGAUGGAGCAAACGAGGAAAUUCUUACCCAUCAACAUGCAGAUGCAACUAUUAGCUUUGUCACAAAACAGCUUCAUGAACUUGCUCAGCAGCUGCUCACUAACUCACAGGAUGGGACACUAUCGAACGACUGUUUCAAGGAGAGUACAGACAACCUUCUGCGUCUGUUUGAGGAGAUUUCGAAUCGGCGGAGUUCCACCGACACAACGGUUAUUGUUGUACAGCAGCUUGUCCAGAGGCUUCUCUCCAUCAUGUCCCGACCUGCAAGAUUACUGGAGUGCUUGGAAUUUGAUCCGGAAUCAUUUUACCAAGAAGUACGGGUCAGUCAGGAUGAGGCUCAGGAGAAGCUUGCCGCUCUAAAAUCCUCUCACACCGUGCCGCGCUACAUCCAGAGUCGACUGAAGCAGCUGGAAGAGGGUGCCGAUGGUUUUGUAUCGCGCUGCAUGUCCCCCGCGAUCAGCAGAAGUUCUUCGCCAGUCCGAGAAGGUAGUGUGGAGGAGGCAUCGUCCAUGCCCAAGGAGGAGUCUUUUGAAAUGGUGAAGCUCAUCAGCAAUGGUGCUUACAGUUCGGUACACUUAGCCAGACAUAAAGACAGUCAGAAAUUGUUUGCUAUGAAGAAAGUCAGCAAGAUCAACAUGAUUCGCAAGAAGCAGGUCGAGCAAGUAUUCUGUGAACGGGACAUCUUGACAUUUGCAGAGAAUCCGUUUGUUGUCAGCAUGAUUUGCACUUUUGAGACUAAGACUCAUCUGUGCAUGGUGCUGGAGUACGUAGAAGGCGGCGACUGCGCUACUCUGCUGAAGAAUAUGCAGGGACCAAUUCCGCUUGAGUUAGCACGGCUAUAUUUUGCGGAGACUGUGUUGGCACUGGAAUACCUGCACAACUACGGUGUGGUCCAUCGCGAUCUAAAACCAGACAACUUGCUGAUAACAUCAGAAGGCCACGUCAAGCUGACUGACUUUGGCCUGUCCAAGAUGGGUCUCAUGAGCUAUGCCACGACAAUGUAUGAAAGCGGCCUUGGAAAGCAGCAGAUCUUCACGGACGAACAGCUGUACGGAACACCAGAUUACAUUGCACCGGAGGUCAUUCUCAGAAGUGGUUAUGGUUUUCCAGUGGACUGGUGGGCUAUGGGAAUCAUUCUCUAUGAGUUCCUAGUCGGCCUUGUCCCGUUCUACGUCGAAAGUGGCCUAGUUGAUGAACUGUUUGAGCAAAUCACGGCUGAAGAUGUAGAGCCUGACUUCCCCGACGAUCCACCGUUGCCCGAUGAAGCAGUGAACCUCAUCAAAUGCCUUCUUGUGCGAACUCCGACGGAACGCUUGGGAUCCCAUGGACCCGAUGACGUGAAGAAGCACUUCUUCUUUCAACCAGUAGACUGGAGAACACUGUUGCUUCAAAAGGCAGAGUUUGUGCCUCACUUGGACAAUCCAGAAGACACCAGCUACUUUGAUCCACGCACUGAUCGCUACAACCACACACUGGAGGGAGAAGAGGAGGUCGACGGCCCCAUCGAUCUGGACAACUCCUUCCAGGGCUUCACAUCGGUAUCUCCCAGGUUCAUGGCUAUCAACUCGCCCAACAAUAGCCGGCGCACAAGCAACUCCGAUCAGCCCGACUUGCUCAGCGAUUCUUCAUCUCCCAGUCCUCAUCGCAGUCUAUCGAAAUCCAUGAACAUUCACUCUCGCUCGCUCUCAUCCUCUUCCACCACCAGCACUUUCAAGCAAAUUGCUGAGGGUGAUGAAGAGCAUGUGUCAGCUCCCGACACGCCAGAACUGUUGCUUCAGCCGCCUACUCCCAGCGAGACACCACUGCGGUUCUCCUCGCCCCAGCCAUCACCCUCCGCCUCGCCAAUACCGGGUAGCCACACGUCAACGCCCAGUGCGUCGUCUAGUGUUCCUUUUUCUGCCCCCGCUGACAGACACCAGAAGCCCAGAGGAAAGUCGUCCGUGCACAAGCCACCGGAUCUGAAACUGAGCAUGCCGUCGUCGGACAAGGGCAAACGCAGCAAGUCAUUGGAGGAGAAUGGAGAGCCAGGUGUGAGUGUCAGUCUGCCCAAUAGCCCCAAGCCGAAUAUUGUUGGCAGCAGCAUGGCCAUGAACAGCAUGCAGGCAGCAAUCGCCUCCAUCUCAUCCAGCCUGCAGUCGGUGGGUAGCCCACGCUCACCGGCUGCCGUCUACACGGUGGAGAGAGGACCGCAGGGUUACGGCAUGGAGCUCAGAGCCAUCCGUGUCUACCUGGGCGAGUCCGAUAAGUACUGUGUGCAGCACAUCGUCAAGGACGUUGUGGAACGCGGAGCAGCGUGGUCAGCGGGCAUUCGAAGCAAUUACUUGAUCACUGCUAUUGACGAUGUGCCGGUGGCUGGACUCAAGCACACGGAUGUCGUACACUUGCUACUGGCUGGUGGCAAGAAGCAGGUUACGUUCAACAUGGUCCACCUCGAGGAGACCUCAAUCACAUCCGGUGGCCGCAAGCGUACACCGUCUCAUGCGCACCGUUUGAGCAGCAAACAGGAGCUGGGCUUGGGCAAGCUCUUUCGCCAGACCAGCGCCAAGAAGUCUCGCCAGCGCAUGGCCGCACUGUUCUCACUUCGUCACGGCCGCAAAACAAGAGAUAGCAACGCAGCUGCACAGCCGCCUGCUGCUGGUUCGUCCGCCGGAGGAACCUCUGCGGCUGGUUCAUCGAACACUCUGCCACUAACUCCCAGUGGAAAGGGUGCCAUUUCAAAUUCCAUCAGUAAGCUGGCCCGUAUGAUAGUGAAGCCUCGUCGCCGAUCUUCAGUUGCCAGCAUGCCAGUAUCUCCCUUGGCUAGAGCACCGUCACCAGGUAGCGUUGCAUCGCCGACUAGCAACAGUCCACCGCUGCUGCGUGCCAGUUCGCCACUGGUCCCACUGGCACCAGCACCGCACAGCUCCGUGGCGAGUGCCGUGAGCCAGUCUCACAUUCCUCUUCGCAAGACGAUGAGCGCAUCCGGCGUAGCGACGUCGCACACCCUGCCGAGGCAUGCGGGCAGUGCACUGCUGGAUGUGCCGGCGUCAAAGAACACAAGCUCACCACUGCUGCGGAGAACCCUAUCACCUGAUCAUGGCUCCUCGCCAGAAAACUCCCCGACGCAUAGCAGCAGUAGUGGCAGUAGCUUAGAUAGUGUGUCCCCUCUUACAGCCAACUGGGGAGGAAGUCAGCCCACUUCCCCUACGUCCACUUCAGGUCCGAAAGCCAAAAAGGCACUUCGACGAGCCAGCACUCUCUCACCAUCUCAUUCCCGGCCUGCCAAACACCAGAGGAAAAUCUCUUGGCAGGAAAAGACGCAGCGCUUUGAGGACUUGUGAUUAGACUGAGAAGCUCCCUCAACUGGGGACCCACUGGCCUGGUGUUGUGGCCUUCCUCAGAAGCGUGCUAGCUGCCCGUGUUUUGAAUGAUUGACAGAAAGCAGAGAGGUGUCCUGCUGUUUGGCCUGGCUGCGGCACAGUCAUCGGGUUGUUGUCUGUAACAGGUAUCAAGUUAAAUCAUCGGCAUGCACCUCCACCUUUUGCUCCACCGACAGUAGCAGCACACAGACGCUGUGUACAACAACUGACGUCUCCUGGGACGGCACCUCAAGGUGUAGUCUUGUGGCCGUUGUUGCUUUGUAGAAGAAAGUGUCUGCAUCCAACAAACCACUGCAGAGUAGUUGCUAAAAGGCCUCACUGCCUUACACGAAUGCCCAAUGCGGUAUUGAAUACAGUUUGCAUAGAUACGAGACCAUGCGUGUACUGAUAACCAUGCACGUACUAGUGCACAACUGGACAGAUUUGAACUGAUAACAACCUAAAUGACUGUUGACAUUUUGUUUGUAGAUAAUUCCUUGUAUUCCUCGCGUGACUGAGCACAAAGACAGCCACUGUCAGUGCUUCAAUUCUGUAUUAUUUGUUGAUAUUCCACUCUGUCGUACAUGUCGCGCCGUGCAAUUUUAGUGUUGUGUGGCUGCUAAUCCCGUUGCUUUCUUGAAUCUUGAGAUGAGAGGUUGUCGCUAACUGUUUAGCAUGCAUAAUUGUGGUUGUGUGUGAGAGCGUAUUUGAACAUGUCAAGUCUGUUGGUUUUCCUCCUCUUUUGUUUAAAAAAAUUGCAACAUCCUAUCCGCCCUAUUACAUUCUCUCACUGUUGAAGACAUCAGACAUUCGUACCUGGAGUACCUGCGCCACAUCUUCAUUUUUCCUACACACAUACACUCACAGACGAGAUGAGACAUUGUUGUGAGAGGUUCGUUGACGUGACUAACUUUACAGGUACUUUGCCUGGAUGCCAUA